GCUCGCCCAUAUAGGCACGUUCAUGUGGAGCCCAAGUGUGAACGAGAGCAUCGAUUCAUCACCACAGUCCAUUCAAUUUGUACGGAGCCGCUGACCGAUCCAAAUCUUCAGCCAUGGCCUCUGGUGUCAAAGUCACAGAUGAAGUUAUCUCCGUCUUCAAUGACAUGAAGGUGCGUAAGGCCCAGGCGAACGAGGAUGAGAAGAAAAAGAGGAAGAAGGCCAUUCUGUUCUGCCUGAGCAAGGACCUCAAGAAUAUUGUUCUGGAUGAUGGCAAAGAGAUCCUGCAGGGUGACUUGGGAACCACCGUCCAUGACCCAUAUCAGCACUUUGUGAAGAUGCUGCCCCCAGACGACUGCCGCUACGCUCUGUACGAUGCCACCUAUGAGACCAAAGAAACAAAGAAGGAGGACUUGGUCUUUAUUUUCUGGGCUCCAGAUAGUGCCCCACUGAAGAGCAAGAUGAUCUAUGCCAGCUCAAAAGAUGCUAUCAAGAGGAAAUUCGAAGGUAUUAAGCACGAGUGGCAGGUGAACGGUUUGGAAGACCUCAAAGACCGGCAUACCCUGGCAGAAAAGCUGGGCGGCUCAUCAGUAAUCAGCCUGGAAGGCUGCCCUAUAUAAAUAUUAUUCCCCCAACUCUCCGGCUUCAAUUGAGGCCUUUCAGACACAUCUGUUGGGUUUAGCUGUUCAUUCCAGUGUGGUUUGGAGAAGGGCAAAGGCAAAAACGGCACCAUUUGUGGGACUCUCUUGGGGAGGGAUAUUAUGGGUAGAUCUGGGGUCAAGUGACAGUUUAAAAAAUAAAAAAAUGCAUACUGUAAUUUCAGUUCAAGCAACAAAGAAUAUGAACAAAACAUUAAUAUUAAGAUA